AAAAAAAAAAAACAAGUUCUUCCAAAGAUUAAACAUAUUAUUUAUGUUUAAUUAUUCUAAUCAUUGAUCACAAAAGAGAUAUUUAUUCUCGAAGGGGAUGAAAUAUGUUGUUUUCUCUGGAAAAUUUAAAUACUCCCUCUCUUUGAGUGGUAAAGGGAGGAGGAGUCAAUAAUAAACGGGGUCUGACCGGUUUGGGAUGGAUCGUACAUCAAACAGGUUCCAUUAUGUAUACAUUACACACAUGGGGCAUGUAAAAUGAUACUUUAAUAAGAGAUAAGGUAUUUGACGUGAAUUAUAAACUGCACUACCAAUAACAAACAACAAACAACAAACAAGUAUCAUAAUCGUCAUUGCUUUUGCAUUUGCUUGUUUCAACCAAGUGUAUAAAUGUCAUCGAUUAUUUAAAACUAAUCUCUAGCCGAAGAAAAAAAAAAUAAAAAUAAAAAUAAAAAAAGAGAUUUAUCCACAUCAUCCAAAUCAUGAAUCUUAUGUUCCGCAAGAACUUCGGCGUGGAGAAGGGUGCCGGCGGAGGUGGUGGUGGUGGUGGAAUAACCGGAGGAGUUGGUAGUGGAUUGGGAGAAAUUAAACUUGGUGGUGGUGGUGGUGGUGGUGGUGGUGCAGGUGUAGGAGUUGGUGGAGGAAGUGGAGUUUAUGGUGGUGUAACGUGUUUGGGUCUUGGAAAUCGUUACGGUAUAACUCGAGGUCAAUCGGUUAUUUCCGGACGUGGUGCUAUUAGACGAAGCAGAGAAUUCGGCUAUUAUCCAUCGUCGAUGGGCGAUCACGAGCAUCAGAGUUUCGGUUAUCGAACUCAUUUGUUCCUAUCGCCACCCACAGGUGGACCGCUCGGUGCACCACCCGAUUCCGAUGCCGGAGAACGACUGGGACCCUCGCCGCGUCGUAGCUCUGGCCCGCAUGUUGUCAAGUGGGGGGGAGGCGGCGGCGGUGGUGGGGGAACUAACUCCGGUACGGCGCAAGGCCCACUAUCCGCCAAUCAGAGUAAAAGGAAGCAGAAUCAUCAACAAACGAAGGAACCGUCCGAACCGCCAACACCGACUGCCUCUAGACAGGUGUCAUUUAGCGGUAACAAAUCAUCCGGUGCCUAUACACCCCUUGUCGUAUCCGGUAAUAGUCCACCACGUGGUGAACCAAUUUCCUUAGCAACAUUGGACCGUGAUUGUUUCAUCAUACCACUAGCAUCAUUGGAAAGAUUUCUACCUGCUGGUGUACCGAGCGCCCCAAUAGCGGACAAGAAAAGAUCCGGCAGCCCGCUCUCGAUUUUGGAGGUAGAGGACCCAAAACAAUGUGUUCUGGCACAUUUUAUGACACCCUUGGAACCCUUGGAUCCUUUGGUAGAGUCACCUGUUUCAAGACCUCUCGUUUUGCAACGUGACACUGCUGCAGAACUCGUCGCAGAGAUUGCACCAUCAGCUUCUCAAAGUAUUUUAUUAACGAAUAUGGAAAAGAAUGCUGAUUUCCCGUUCAUAACGUAUUAUCUGAUAAAUAAACAAAACACGGAUCCCCUUGAUUUUUACAACGAAGUUCAAUGCGCGGCCUUGAGAAAGUUCGAUCCACGUGACCUUAGAUACGCUGCUAGUCAUACAUUGGAUUUAUUCAACGAAGUUGCUACGAUAGCAAGACCACCGUUGGAACCACCAGGUGGUAGACCACCUAUUCCGUCCACCGGUUACAUUGUCUCGAUCUUCAAAGUAUUCGAGGGUGACGAUGGUCUCAAGUUUGAACAAAAUUGGCUUUAUUGGAGUGGUGCCAGAAUGAUGUAUCGAUAUUUACCGAAAUCAGUUGGACUUAGACGAAUAACAUUGCACAAAUCGAUGUCCCAGGGUGACAAGAUGUAUCUACUUAUAUGCGAAUGUUCCCAACUGCAAGACAAUCUAUCAGCAGCUGCAAUAUUGUUACCUGCAUUACGUGCACGAUUAUGCGGAUACACUGGCCUUUACAGACCAUCAGUAUGUUUCUGAUUCAACCCUAAAAGUGCUCUAACCUAUUAUAUCGUACGCGGGAAAACGUAACUAGGUGAGCCAAAACAAUAUCCGUUUACUCUAUAAACAUACAAACACAAACAUAUAUACAUAUACAGAAAGGAUGAUUGUAAUUUUGCAUGAUAAACUUGAAUAUUUCUAUUUAAAAGAGUGGUGGAGGGGGGAAGGGUUGUCGCAACAAAAAAAAACGUAGAAAAAAUUAAAAAAUAAUAAUUAAUACUUCGCACGCGUAUUAAAUGCUUUAAACGAAACUUAAGUAAAAAAAAAAAAAAAAAAAAAAAAAAAAAUAAAAAACAAUAAAACUAUGUAUCUCAAUUUUGAAAAUCUUUGCUCGCCUAGUUACGCAAACUGGCAAUUUGUAUUUUUCGAUUUUAUAACAUGAUCAUAGCAAUAUCAUACAAUCGGAUGAGUUCAUUGUCGAACGGGUGAGUUCAUUUACGGACAUUGAACGCAUAUUAUAAUACGUAUACAAUAUAAUUAAAUAAUAUAUACGAAAGAAAAGAAAAAGAAAAAAAAAAAAGAAAAAAAGAAAAUAAAAAUCACUUUUAUUACUAUCGAUUUAACGCUAAUAUUAACAUAUCAUACUCGAUAAACUGUGAUACUCGAACGGACAACGGGAUUAUAUCACAAAAUGAUUGCGAACAAUGAGAAUAAUAAUAAUAAUAAUAAUGACUCUAUUAUUAAUUCUCGAAUAAAAUGAUAAUUCUUUGGUAAAGCGCUAAACAUGACACUAGACGUGCACUAGACGAACUUCACUUAUGAUUAGAAUGCUCUAAAAAAAAAAAAAGAAAAAAAACGACAUUUGUAGAUGACUUCAAAAGAGAGCAAAAAGCAGCAUUUUUAGAAUAAUAAAAUAAAAAACCACGCCAAUCUUAAUUACUACUUUAAUAUUUCGACUUUAUACAAAUUAAAAAUUGUCUUUACAAAAGAAAGAAAAAAAAAAAAAACAAGAAGAGAGAAAUAACCGAUCCUCUUGCGGUAGUAAUGCGAAUUAUUACGAUUAUACGAUACAAAAUGGCGCGUACACACAACUAGCGCCAUUAUUAGCGUAAAAUCAACGAACUAUAAAAUUUUCAAUUCUUCGAAAUAAAAAAAAACAAACAAAUCUUUCGAAUCAAAUUCCCGUUGUUUCUUAUCAUUAAAAGAAAAAAAAAAAAA